UAAAAAUUACGCAUUUCCGUUAUUCAUCCGGCUGUAGAUUGUAACUAAACAAACAUGGCUCUGCUUAAUGAUUAGAGUACGGAUUUCAAUGGCUCGUAAAGAGAUGAAUAGGCAAUAUUAUGUAAAAACCAAGAGACAUCGUGCCAAGUACAAAGCCGUAAAUGGAGUUUCGAUGCAAUCGUUGGUUUUGUGAGCGCUGCGUAGCCUUGUGUGACCGUGUUUACACGUAGCUAGCCCUUCUGUGGGUUAAUGUAAGCUAGCAAGAUGGACCUUGGAACAAUGUUGUACAACAAUUUAAAAGAUGUUACGUGGAGUACGACAGCCUUGCCAUUAGAUCAACUUGUCAGUGCAUAUAGGUUGCCUCAAAUCGUCAAGCUGGACAACGGCCAGUUGGUUGAAGGGCUUCGAGACAAUGACUACCUCUUGAUUCAUUCCUGUCGUCAGUGGACAACUAUUACUGCUCACAGUCUCGAUGAAGGACACUAUGUGAUUGGACCUAAAAUAGAAAUUCCUGUUCACUAUGAAGGUCAGUUUAAGCUGCUGGAACAGGAUCGAGACGUCAAGGAGCCUGUGCAAUACUUCAACAGUGUGGAAGAAGUGGCCAAAGCGUUUCCUGAAAGGGUGUACGUCAUGGAAGAAAUCACGUUCAAUGUAAAGAUGGCUUCAGGGGAAUGCAACGAAGACACUGAAGUCUACAAUAUAACACUAAGCACCGGCGACGAGCUGACAUUGAUGGGCCAAGCCGAGAUCCUCUACGCCAAAACGUCCAAAGAGAAAUCCAGAUUCAACACAAUUUUUAAGAAAAUCGGGAAGCUGAACUCCAUCAGCAAGAUGGGUCGAGGCAAGAUGCCUUGCUUGAUCUGCAUGAACCACCGCACCAACGAGAGCAUCAGCUUGCCUUUCCAGUGCAAAGGUCGCUUCAGCACGUGCAGCCCGCUGGAGCUUCAGAUGCAGGACGGCGAGCACACCAUUCGAAACAUUGUGGAGAAAACGCGGCUGCCGGUCAACGUCACGGUGCCCGGCGCGCCGCCUCGCAACCAGCACGACCUCCACCUCAUCCGGGAAGGCCACCGCUACAAACUGGUCAACAUUCAGACCAAGACGGUGGUGGUGUGCUGCGUCCUGCGCAGCAACAAAAUCCUCCCCGUCCAUUUUCCUUUCCACGUGGCCCUGCCUCGCUUUAUUGUUCCGGAGGAGCUGCUGCAAGGCGAGCUGUGGCUGGACACCAUGGUGCAUCGCUGGUUCUCCUUCUGCCAGGAGCAGUUUGACAUCGACGACUACUCGCGCGCCGUGCGGGAUGUGCGGACGGACUGGAACGACGAAGGCAAGAGCCCCAAGAAGCAGAGCGGCGGCAACGGCAACUGCUGCGGCGGCGGCGGAACCUCCAACGGGUGUCCCAACAGCACGCAGAUGCCCAGCUCGUUAACGUACGCCCGUGACGAACUGACGCAGUCCUUCCACCGGCUCUCGGUGUGCGUCUACGGCAGCAACCUGCACGGCAACAGCGAGGUCAACUUGCAGGGCUGCAUGAGCCUCGGCGGCGAUUGGGCACUUCUGCCUUCCGACAGCAUUCCGACAGAGCCGGCGGAAAACGAAAGCUUUUCCGCCGAAAUGUUGGACUGCCCCAACCAGCAGGCUUCCCUCAUCAAGUCCGACGUUCCCUAUGAGAAGCUGUGGUUGGACCACUUAAGAAGCCAGAUGCCCAAGUCGUCUUUAACCGAGGGCGGUCAAGCCCUCAACAACGGCUGCGCUAUGACGACGGCGGCGACGGCGGCAUCGCAGUCUUACCCGCUCGCGUGCCCCCUUGGCCCGGUGACCAUUCCCGAUGUGGCACUCACGCCGCCGCCAGUUCCACCCAAAUCCGAAGCCGUGAAAGAAGAAUGCCGCCUAUUGAACGCCCCGCCGAUUCCGCCGCGUAGUUUGAAACGGAUGCCAUCGGUUCCGCUGCUGUCCAAGCCUCGGCAGCAAGCCACCCGCUCGCCCAGUCCAACCCUUUCCUAUUACUCUUCUGGGCUCCACAGCAUUGGAUCGUGCGAACAAGAGGCGUCUGACCCACAAGAAAAAAGCAGCGUGUGCUACCCGUGUAAGUGGUCCCACGCCGCCAGCGGCGAGCCGGGCGUCGCGUUGGCGAGCAGCAGCUUGCCGUCCGACGGCAUGUCGUCCAGGUUGUCUUGGCCCAAUAACUUCAGCGGGGGGGAUUGUCAGGCUUUGGAUGACUUUCUCCCACCCGGUUCCCGCAGCUACUACAGUUACCCGCGAAACAGGUCCACGAGCAAUCCCAAAACCUGCAGCCUGGUCGACUUUGACAGCCCGGAGCUCGCGCGCGGCACUAAAAGCCUCAGGUUGCGGAACCAGUCUCCGAGCAAGUCCUGCACCAAAUCCUCCGGUUCCAAUUCGGAAAUGUACAAAGACGGAGCGCCGGACGAAUGCAGCGCAAAGCAGAGGCUCUCUUGCCCCAUCCUGCCGCCCAGGGCGGCAAAGUCAAACAGCAUGAAGAGGAGUUCAGAGUUAGCGUUGGGACCAGCCUGCGACAGUCAGCAGGACAGCUCCACUUCCUGCCUCGUUCAACAGAGGGAACAGGCAACACGAGACCCGAGUUCCACCUCCACCUGGGAAACCGCCAGUUCCAUAUCGGAGUCCCCCUCAGCACAUUGGCAGCCCCCGCCGAGCCUGGCCGGCCUCUCCAUCGAAGAGGUGUCCAAAUCCUUGCAAUUUAUCGGCCUGCCCGACGACAUCGCCUCCCUCUUUAUUUCGGAGAAGAUCGACGGGAACUUGUUACUGCAGCUCACCGAAGAGAUUCUCUCGGAAGACUUCAAACUGAGCAAACUGCAGGUGAAGAAACUCAUGCAGUUCAUUAACGGAUGGAGGCCCAAGAUAUGACCGCAGCCGAGACCGCCUUUGACAAACCGUACUUGCUAUGCACCCCUCGGUCUCAAUGUGACCUUGGCGU